CCGCCCUCUGAGAAUAGUUCACAUGUAUUUGUAGUUAUGAGCCGAUACUCUUGAGUUGAUUUAGCAGGCGUUCGCCUCCAGCAGCAGGAGGAGGUGCUGGUGCCAAGCCGUGUUUCCCAUGGAAACACCAAGCUUUCACACGAGCUGCGAGAAUUCUCGGCCAGCAUUUUGGGGGUGUGAUCGGUCUCAGACUAGUGGAAUUAUUAAGUCGAAGCAAGUCCGACAGGUUUGGUGGUAAACAACAAAUAUCAUCUGAAGGAGUCGUGACGUGGAGGCGCAGGUUCAUCUCCACCAGCCGGAACAUGUGGAGGAUUAUCGGCUGUCACCCUGCCCGAGAGGGAGGCUGCCGGUAGGGAUGUCGCUUCUGUGAAGAGCCGGGGAAGACGCUGCCGUGUGCGGACAGAGGCGCUCUGGACACCAUGACUGUUUUCAACCUGGAAAAUGUGGAGGAAUUUUAUGAUGUUGGAGACGAGCUGGGGAGCGGACAGUUUGCAGUGGUCAGAAGAUGCCGGCACAGAAGCACAGGAGUGGAGUAUGCGGCCAAAUUCAUAAAGAAGCGGCGCAGCAAGUCGAGCCGAAGAGGCGUGACUCGGGAUGAUAUUGAGCGGGAGGUGAACAUCCUGAAGGAGAUUCAGCAUCCCAACGUCAUCACGCUACAUGAGGUCUUCGAGAACAAGGCGGAGGUUAUUCUCAUCCUAGAGCUCGUGGCCGGCGGCGAACUCUUUGACUUCCUGGCAGAGAAGGAGUCGCUGAGCGAGGAGGAAGCCACUCAGUUCCUGAAGCAGAUCCUGGACGGAGUCUUCUACCUGCACUCUAAACAAAUCGCUCACUUCGAUCUGAAGCCGGAGAACAUAAUGCUGCUCAACCGCUCAGUGCCUCACCCGCGCAUCAAGCUCAUCGACUUCGGACUGGCCCACAAGAUUGAUUUUGGCAACGACUUCAAAAACAUUUUUGGAACUCCAGAAUUUGUUGCACCUGAGGUUGUCAACUACGAGCCUCUGGGCUUGGAGGCCGACAUGUGGAGUGUCGGUGUGAUCACCUACAUCCUACUGAGUGGCGCAUCUCCGUUCUUGGGAGACAACAAACAGGAGACGCUUGCAAACGUAUCUGCAGUCGACUACACCUUUGAUGAGGAGUUCUUCAGCAGCACCAGCAUGCUGGCCAAAGACUUCAUAGCCAGGCUGCUCGUGAAAGAUCCAAAAAAAAGAAUGACGAUACAAGACAGCCUCCAGCACCCCUGGAUCAAGCCAAAAGACACACAACAAGCGCUGAGCAGGAAGGAGUCUGCUGUCAACAUGGAGAAGUUCAAGAAGUUUGCUGCUCGAAGGAAGUGGAAACAAUCUGUUCGACUCAUCUCCUUAUGCAACCGCCUGUCGCGGUCCUUCCUGUCGAGGAGCAACAUGAGUGUGGCGCGCAGUGAUGACACGCUGGAUGAGGAGGACUCCUUUGUGAUGAAGGCCAUCAUUCAUGCCAUCAAUGAUGACAACGUCCCUGGCCUGCAGCAUCUGCUCGGGUCCCUGAACAGCUACGACGUCAACCAGCCCAACAAGCAUGGAACUCCUCCACUGCUGAUUGCUGCAGGCUGCGGAAACAUUCAGAUCAUCGAGGUGCUGAUGAGGAAAGGUGCUGGGAUCCAGACCAAGGAUAAGAGUGGAGCCAACGCCGUCUACUACGCCGCCCGGCACGGCCACGUCGACACUCUUAGGUUCCUCCAUGAGAAGAAAUGCCCUCUGGAUGUUCAAGAUAAGUCUGGAGAAACCGCUCUUCAUGUGGCCGCUCGAUACGGCAACGUGGACGUGGUGACUUACCUCUGCAGCAUCCGUGCCAACCCUGACCUCUGUGACAGAGAGCAGGAGACUCCACUCCACUGCGCUGCCUGGCACGGGUACUCCACGGUAGCCAGAGCACUGUGCCAGGCUGGCUGCAAUGUAGAUGCUAAGAACCGGGAAGGAGAGAGCCCCCUUCUCACAGCGUCUGCCAGAGGGUUUGUGGACAUCGUGGAGUGUUUGGUGGAGCACGCGGCCAAUCUAGAAGCCACUGACAAAGAUGGACACACAGCUCUUCACCUCGCUGUACGACGGUGUCAGGUCGACGUCGUCCGCUGCCUCCUCAGACACCACUGUCCAGUUGACCAGCAAGAUCGGCAUGGAAACAUGGCGCUCCACAUCGCCUGUAAGGACGGAAACCUGCUCAUCGUUACUGCGAUCUGCAACACCAAAGCUAGUCUGGACCUUCCUAACAAGUAUGGCAGAACUCCUCUGCAUCUGGCUGCCAACAACGGGGGUCUGGAGGUCGUCCGCCAUCUGUGUCUAGCUGGAGCGAACAUCGAUGCCGUCACCAAUGAUGGAAAGACCGCUGAGGACCUGGCUUCUUCUGAGCAGCAUGAAAAUAUAGUUGUCCUGUUGGGAAAACUGAAAAAGGACAACCACAAGCUGAGCUACAUCCAGCAGCUGCGGCCCACUCAGACGGUGCAGCCCAGGAUCAAGCUGAAGCUGUUCGGGCACUCGGGCGCGGGGAAGAGCACGCUCCUCGAGUCCCUCAAGUGUGGCAUCCUGCGCAGCUUCUUCAGAAGGCGCCGAACCACGCGGCUGACCAACACCGGCCGCCACCCCAGCUCUCCGGUCAACUCCAAACCUGCUGUGUCAGUGAGCAUCUCAAACCUCUACCCCGGCUGUGAGAACGUGAGCGUGCGGAGUCGCAGCAUGAUGUUUGAGCCCAGUCUGACCAAAGGGGUUCUGGAGGUCUUCUCUCCCGCCCACAGCAACAUGUCCACCACCGACGAGCAAGCCACCAAAGCCAUCGACAUCCAGCACGCCAACAUCCACGGUGUGGGGGACUUCAGCAUUUGGGAGUUUUCUGGAAACCCUGUCUACUCCUGCUCCUAUGACUACUUCGCAGCCAACGACGUCACGGCGAUUCACGUGGUCCUCUUUAGUCUGGAGGAGACAUACGAGACUCAGCUGAGCCACAUCACUUACUGGCUCAACCUGCUGAAGGCCCUGAUGCUGCCUCAGGAGAACUUUGUUUUCGGAGGUCGUAUCCAAGAUCCUCUGACAGUGGUACUGGUGGCCACGCAUGCUGACCUUGCUGAUGUCCCGAGGAGUUUCUCUGGCGAGUUCAGCUACGACAAAGAGAAGGCCCUGCUGAAGGAAGUCCGCAACAGGUUUGGAAACGACCUGCUGGUCAGUGACAAGCUUUUUGUGAUGGACGCUGGAGCUUCCAACUCCAAAGACCUGAAGCUGCUGAGGAGUCACCUGCAGGAACUUCGCUCCAGCAUCAUUUCUAGCUGCAGUCCAAUGACGACGCUGUCCGAGCGUCUGCUGGCCGCGCUGCCAGCCUGGCGCAAGUUGAGCGGACCAAACCAGCUGAUGUCAUGGCAGCAGUUCGUCAGCGACGUCCAAGAGAACAUCAACCCGCUGGUCAGUCAGGAUCACCUGCGAGCGCUGGCUCUGCAGCUGCACAGCAUGGGAGAGAUCAACAUCAUGCAGAGCGAGACGGUGCAGGAUGUGGUUCUGCUGGAGCCUCGCUGGCUCUGCAGCAACGUCCUCAGUCGUCUGCUCUCCAUUGAGACGCCCAAGGCCAUCCACCACUACAGGGGGCGCUACAGGCUGGAGGAGGUCCAGUCUCUGGCCCCUGAAAGCGACGUGGACGAGCUACUCCAGAUCCUGGAUGCCAUGGAUGUGUGUGCGCGUGACCUCACCAACCCCACCAUGGUGGACGUCCCCGCGCUGAUCAAGACCAACGGCCUCCACCGCUCAUGGACGGAUGAUGAGGAGGAGGAGGAAGAGUCGCUGAUCUAUGGAGGGGUCCGCCUGGUGCCGGCUGAGCACCUCACCCCCUUCCCCUGUGGUCUGUUUCACAAACUGCAGGUGAAUCUGUGCCGCUGGAGUCACCAGCAGAAGCCGGAAGACGAGGCCUGCGAGGACAUGGACGGGGACAUCCACCUGUGGACCAACGGAGCCAAAGUGAGCCAAGCGGGCGUGGAGGCCAUGGUGCUGCUGGUCAACCACGGUCAGGGUGUGGAGAUCCAGGUGCGCGGCCACGACUCUGAGCGGGCCAAGUGCUACACCCUGCUGGACACCAUCUGCAGCAUCACGGAGAACCUGCUGGCCUCCACGCUGCCCGGCCUGCUGACAGCCAAGUACUACCUGAGCCCGCAGCAGUUGCGGGAGCACCACGCUCCCGUCAUGGUCUACCAGCCCAGGGACUUCCUCCGCGCUCAGGCUCAGCGCGAGACCUCCCUCACCAACACCAUGGGCGGCUACCGCGAAAGUUUCAGCAGCAUACUGACGUUCGGUUGCGCCGAGGUCUAUCAGCAGGGAAUUCUGGGAACUGACGUCCACAUCUCAGACGUACCGCUGCUGGCCCGGCGCAAACUCUGCCGCAUGCUGGACCCGCCCGACGCCCUGGGCAAGGACUGGUGCUUGCUGGCCAUGAAUCUGGGCCUCACUGACCUGGUGGCCAAGCACUGCGCCGGGACUGCCAACGGCACAUCCCAGCUGGACUCCUCAGGUCUGGACGGCGAGCAGGCGGCGCUGCAGCCCAGUCCCACAGCGGCCGUGCUUCAGGAGUGGAGCGGGCGAGCGGACAGCACCGUUGGGAUUCUGCUGAGCAAGCUCAGGGAGCUGGGGCGCCGGGACGCUGCCGACUUUCUCCUCAAAGUCUCUCCGGUGUUCAGAGUCAACAUGGAGGCCCUCGCUGCUAGCAGCUACCCGCCCGCCUGCAACGGGGGAACGUCGUACAACUCCAUCAGCUCGGUCGUCUCCCGCUGAACCUGUGUGACUCGUGCAAUCGCUCCUGGACUGGGACAGGUGCUAGUCUGUCUGUACAGCUGCUCCGCUCCAAAGGCUUCUUAUCUCCCCCUCUUAAUCCUCUCCUGCUGCUUUUGAAAGACUUCUCGCUUCUAUUGGUGUUCUUCUGCUGGACCACUUGCAUAUCUCGGACUGAAAAUGAAACCUGAGAAAACAAACCCGACGAGCACAAACUCAAAAUAUCCAACAGGAGUUCUCACCACACUUUCUACAGAACUGUGCCUUUUGUAAUUCUACCUUCUCCACUGACUGCUGUUGGAGUCGCACACAAACACAGUGCUUUACUGUCAAAUUCAAUACCUGAACCUGAACCCCGCACGCCUGCUCUCAGAAUUUAAAGUUUAGAAUAAGCAAAGAUAGGUGAUGAGCCCACAAGAAAAAGAAGAAAUGACAUUGAGGUUGUUGGAUGGUCACAUGACAGGCUUUAGUGACUCAGCCAUCAUCCAGCGGGAAGUGAAAGCAGACGGGUCGAGCUGUCAUGUAAGGGCUCAGAACCAUCUGCUGUGGAUGGGUCUCCGUUCUGAGAGAAUGGUCCGAAACACACAGUCACAUUUCAUUCUGAACUCCUCUUUUAUUCUCAUUCCACUAUCAUUUGUAUUAUAAAAUAUGUAUUGAAUUUAAAUCAGUUCCAAAAAAUAAACAACUGAAUAUCAAUGUUUUAUUUUUAUAUUUCUGUCAUUUUUUUAGCGACAGCCUUUGAUGAUGAAACCAAAGGACAAUGUUCAAAGUCAUUUAACCCAAACUGUCUGGUAGAUUCUAUUGCUCUUCACAGCUCCAUGUUUUUACUCGGCAAAACCUGCAGGAAAUAUUUGGCUGUUGAUCGAAUGAACAGUUGAAAUGCGAUGUGUCCGUUGUUUCACAUGUCUGUCUAGGAUAACUCAUUUUAAUUCGUUUAUAGUGCCAAUUUCACACUUAUUUCAGAAAAAAAACUGUGUUUUCAGUUACACCGUUGCCUUUAUUUUAACAGAAAAUGUGAAAUAAUUUCUCAAAAAUUAGACUGGAUUUUUUUUUUAUUUUAUGCGUGUGUGUAGAAAUUUGAAACGCUUUCCCUUUAAGUUUAUUUUCAUUUUCCUGACUUCCCCCCACCAAAGAUGUUAUUUAAUGAGUCUAGUUAGUGUCCUAAGUGAGAACAGGGUAGUAAAUACUGCAAUACUGUUUGAUGUCCUAAGUACAAAUCGAACUCAUGUCCAAGCGUUUGGCUCUUCCGUCAUUGGCUCUUUCAAUAGUUUGUCCUAAACACACAAGGUCGAGCAUCAUGGCUGAGCGACAGCUCCGGACUCUAGAGUUGGAUUUGAUAUUUUGGUUCCUCGUAGUCCAACACUGAAGCCCUGGUCUGAGACGAUCACUCCUGAGUGCAGUAUUCCGUCCGUCUUAUCUAAACUUGCCAGUUGAACAGCUGCCGUCCAGCUGCAAUGUAAAUAAUGACCACCAUUCUGACCCAAAAGUCGCUUCACGGGCGAGAUGAAUGUACCCACGUUACUGAGAGUAAAGCCUCCGAACUGGCGUGAUUAUUACCCGGGCAGGUCACGAGGGUUUGGUGUCUGUUACAGAGGCAGAUGUGCGUGUUGUUAUACGUGAGAUUGUUGCCAAUGUUGUGUGUCUUUACACACACUUCUCUUUCAUUGCCUUGUAUAGUGAACAAGCUGAAAAGUGUCAGAAAGGGAAGUUGAUCAUUUUUCUGUUCCUCCUCUCACUUGUGUUUUUAACCACUUCCGUGACUGGAUCUUUUCAAUCGUUCCUCUGUAUCUCUGCAAGUUGUUGGUGAGAACAAAACACCCAGCGUUGUUUUUCUUUUGCUCCUGUUGGCCCUGACGGCCACAUCGCACAAGUCUUAUUUAUGUUCUUUUAGCAUGUCCUGGAAUGUCCUUAGUACUUUUGACACUUUA